AUGUGUUUUUUCACAGGAGACUCAACUGAAUCUCUCCUCUAUGAUAUUUUUCGACUGAAUGUGCUGCACAAAGGUUACUGCGUGUUUCAGUUGAUGCACUUCCAACUAUCUGCUUCCACACAUCAGAAAAGCGAACCUUGGAGUCCGCUGUCCUUUGCCGUGGACCGGCUGACCAUCAGUAAAAGUGACGAAGUAAAAACUAAGCCCGACGCAAAUGACUCCAUACAGAGGAAACAUCCACGAAUGACAAGUACCUACUCUCCACCGGUCUCGGAACAGCAGCAACAGUCAUCCUUUCGUCUGGGUGAAAGACCAAAUGAGCUAUCCCGGUCUGAACUUGACUACCGACUAGCCUACUUUCUUGUUCGAGAUCUCCAGCCUCCAGAAGUUUUGAAUGAAACUGGUUUCAAGGUAACAUGGUUAAAGAAGCUGCCCCACUCCCUCUAUUUAUCUUCUUUUUCUAUCCUUUCAAACCCAUAA